GCCAUAAUUUUUACUGUUGCAUGCAUGCAUGCAGUGUGCAGUUUAACGCAUGCAAUCUGCAUUGUCAUUCGUCUACUGAUUGUAAUAGAAUAAUCUCUUAAAAUGUCGCGUUACGACAGAGCCAUAACAGUUUUCUCACCAGACGGCCAUCUCUUUCAAGUAGAAUAUGCUCAAGAAGCUGUCAAGAAAGGCUCAACUGCCGUUGGAGUCCGUGGGAAGAAUAUAGUCGUUCUUGGCGUUGAAAAGAAAUCCGUUGCUAAACUUCAAGAAGAAAGAACUGUCAGAAAGAUAUGUGUUUUGGAUGAUCAUGUUUGCAUGGCAUUUGCCGGUUUGACAGCAGAUGCACGCAUCAUUAUUAAUAGAGCUCGUAUCGAGUGUCAGAGUCAUCGCCUAACAGUAGAAGACCCGGUCACUGUUGAAUAUAUCACACGCUUCAUCGCUCAACUUAAACAGCGUUACACACAGAGCAACGGUCGACGCCCAUUUGGUCUGUCAGCGUUGAUUGUUGGUUUUGAUCUUGACAAGACCCCAAGGCUCUACCAGACUGAUCCUGCUGGAACUUACCACUCAUGGAAGGCAAAUGCCAUCGGCAGGAGUGCAAAAACCGUGCGAGAAUUCCUAGAGAAACACUGGACGGACGAGCUCGUCGAAUCGGAGCAUGACACCGUCAAGUUGGCGGUGAGGGCGCUGUUGGAAGUGGUACAGUCUGGCGCAAAGAACAUUGAGCUGGCUGUCAUGAGGAAAGGGGAACCAUUGAAGAUCUAUGAAACGGAAGAAGUUGAGAAGUACGUAGCGGAGAUUGAGAAAGAGAAGGAAGAGGAAGCAGAGAAAAAGAAGCAAAAGAAGGCCACCAGUCAGUCGUCAUAAUGACCCCUCAAGUCAAUAGUGAAUGCUCAGUCAUUAUAGCUACCUUAAGUCACUUGUCAUAAUAAUGACUGGGCAGUCAAUAUGACUCUCAGUCAGUUGUAAUUAUGGUCUCUGUUCUGUCAUUAUAAUGGCCCAUCAGUCAAUAGUGACUGCUCAGUCAUUAUAACUGCCUCUAGUCACUGGUCAUAAUAACGACUUGGCAAUCAAUAUGACCACCAGUCAGUCAGUUGUCAUUAUGGUCUUUAGUCAUGAUUCCAGGUCGGUCAUUAUAAUGACCCCCCUUAAACAGUUUUCAUAAUGACUGCCCUGUCAGUCAUGAACAUAAUGUCUCAAGUCAGUUAAAAUGCCAGGUUGGUCAUUGUGAUGACCUCUGGUCAGAUCAUUGUGAUGACCUCUGGUCAGAUAUCAUAAUGGCCGACUGUAGGUUUCAAAAUAUUGACUGCUUAUUUCUGACAUUGUCAAGUAAUUAUAUUGACCACAAACACCAUGAUAAUCACUUGUCAUUCAUUUUAAGGACCACUGGUAUUCAUCUAAUGACCAACAGUCAGGUAUCAAAAUAAUGACUGGUUGCUAUUACACCAUUUUGUAUCAUGACCAGUAAAGAUAUGACCGUUGGUCAGUUGUUAUUGUGACCACUAGUCAGUUGACAAUAUUAAGUAUUGGUCAGUCAUAUUGACAUUGGUAUUCAUCGUAGUGACCAUUGGUGCCAGUCUUUUUUGCUUUUUGUUUUCCUUCCUGCAAGAUAACCAAACCGAAGCAUUUAUAUAAUGUGCAACAAAGCACAAGUAAUGUUUGUUUGUUUUUUUCGGUUUGUUUAGAUGAUCUCCCUGUGAAGGGGACACAGCAAAUUCCCAAUAGGGGAUAUGAUAUGAACACCAAGCUAGCAACAGCCAAUCUCUCUCAUAUUAAACAGACAUUGGUUUAAUGUCUUUGAUUACGAAUGACAAACUAAGUUGUAUGUGGUAGUUUAUGCAUACAUUUUCAAGGAAUUGUUCUAAGAGCUGGGCCUAUGCAGUUUACGUGCUUAAUAACAAUUGCAGGCAUGAUGUUCUUCAGAGUUAUCGGAAUUAAAAUCUGAUUUUCAAUUAUUUUUUUUUGCCCUCAGAAUGUUUAGCUUGUGUUUAUGCAUUGCCAUUGUCUCUUGGUUUUUCAUUACAAAAGUAACCGCCAAAACAAACUUAAAGCUCAAUUUACUUGACAUCAUUUACACAAUAGUUAUUGCAGCAUUUUGCCGGUCAAAUAUUUGUCCUGGUACUAUGCGUGCAUAAUGUAGAUCUGCCCUUGUGUAGGUCGGCCCUUGCAAUAUGGAAAAUAUUAGUUUUUGCUCAAAGUUCAAACUUUACGCCUGGUAAUGGUAUGUACAGCUUUUUCAUUCUGACUUCAAAGUGCUGAAAGUGAUUUCCAAACACAUUGUGUUCUUGCAGAGAACUACAUGUACACAUACAUGACAUAUUAACAAGACUAACAAACUUCAAACUUAUGUCAAUGAUUUUGCAAGUUUAUUAACCAACUUUAUUCUUUGAUCGACCCAAAUUUAAUUAAUGUACAAAUAGCGUAGCUUUUUUGUAUCACAUUGUUUUUUUUCCCUAAAUACAGGUAGUGUGAAAAUAAAGUUAUUCAAAACUGUUUCUUUGAAACAUAA